ACAGGAAGUAGCAUGUAAAUCAAAAGGCCGCGACCCGCCUUUUUUUGUCAAAUGAAGAUGGUAGAACGAUUACGAUGUCAGAGUAUUGUUCAUGUCCUCCUGCUUAUUCAAUAUCGCGCGUCCGCGUGCGUUUCUCUUUCUGCAGUUCUAAAUCUAAUCCGAACAAUAUCUGACUCGAAGUCAGUAGUUCUAGACCUAGACGACCACGCUGAUCUAUGUUCUUCAUGUUGUUCCUUGUAUAGCGUGUUUGUGCUGGUGAGAUUGGAUCAAACUACCAAGACGAAGACUUUACCUUUGUGUCGGAUUUUUUGACAGCAAUAGCAAAAAAUACACCUAGAACAAGAAGAUGGACCUAGACGAAACGCGGCGGCAGUUCGGUAAUCCGAUCCUGGGUAUCGACAUAGGUUCCUCGACGGCAAAAGUCGCCUUCAUCUCCGAGCGGGGCACCACGGUGGAGAUUGUGCAAAAUGAGGUGAACAACCGCGCCACGCCGAGCGUGAUCGGCUUCACCAACACGCAGCGACUCGAGGGUGACAAGGCGCACGGCCUGAUAAAGUCCAACCUGAAGAACAGUGUGCGGUACUUCAAGCACUUGCUCCAACUGCCGUCUUCCUCCGAAAUAUCAAAUGCUGGCGCUGCAGCAGGAGGAGCCGCGUCGUCCGCAGACAGUAUGCUGCUAAAGAACGAAGAGUUUUGGUCUCUCUGUCCCCUCAAAGUAGUCGAUGGAGUAGAAAAGGCAAAGAUAGUUGGGUUCGAGGUCAGCUACCUCGGCGACAAGCAGGUCUACAGCGUCAUGCAGAUUAUCUCCAUGCUGCUCGUCAAAAUAAGGCACAUCGCGUUGAAGUGGUGCUCUUUUUUCGCAGAAGAGGGAGCCGACGCGACAAAUUGCAGUAAGACACGGAAGAUUAUCUAUGGUUUUCUCAUCAUGCUUCCAACUUUACGUAGUUGAUUCUUCUUCAAUCUCUCAGUGUUUCGCUUGCAAAAUUGAGAAGAACAGGGAGAAAGGAGCAAGUGCUUCAAUUUGAAUUUCCGACAUAGAAAGUUAUUUGAUUUAAUAUUUACAGAUGGGCUAACAGACGACAAGAAGUUGAACGUCGUUCUGUCGUGUCCGGCCUACUACACCGACGGCCACCGCCGUGCGCUCAUCAAGGCCGCAUCCCUUGCCGGCAUGAAGGUGCUGCGCAUUAUGACGGACGGCGCAGCGGCCGCGGUGAGUUACGGCCCCUACCGCGUGGAUGAACUGGUGAAGGAGCCGAUGCAUGUGGCCUUCUGUGGCUGCGGGCACAGCACGUCUUUCGUGGCCAUCGCGCGCUUUACCAAAGACGGCCUGCAGCUUGUGAGCGAAACCUGCGACCAGUUCGGGGCCCGGGAUAUGGAUUUAGCGCUGAUGAAGCACUUCGCCGCGGAAUUUCAAACGAAGCACAAACUCGACCCGUUAACGAACAAGAAGGCCUGCUUGAAGCUCGAGGAGGCGAUCCAGAAGACCAAGAAGAUCCUCUCGUCUAACGACGAAGCGCCGCUGGGUGUGGAAUGUCUGGUGGAAGACUACGAUCUCAGUGGCAAGGUGACCCGGGAAACGUUCGAGGACCUUUGCGAGCCGCUCAAGCUCCGCCUCCGAACCCUCAUCGUCGACGCGGUCCAACGAGCAUGUACAACUUCUACUGCGAUCUUGAUCUAUGUACUCGUUCCAGUAUGAUCUUCUACUUUAUCGAGUGUCUUGACGAUCAUGGCCUACUUCGCGUUCGUCGCUUGGAAGUCGAACUGCUAGUAAGUUGGAGGGGUUAUUUAGUGAGUAAGUACUUUAAUUAUUGCUUCGUCGUCGUCCUAGUUACUUUUCAGUUUCUAUUCGCGGCCGCUGCAUUAUUUCAGGUCUAGACGUGUCGCAGAUCGACUCCGUCGAGAUCAUCGGUGGCGCUUCUCGAGUCCAGUGGGUGCAACGAGUAUGCGAGGAGUGUUUUCAAACGAAAACUCUUUCUCGGACAUUGAACGCCGAUGAGGCGGUGGUGCGCGGUUGCGCACUGCAGGCCGCGAUCUACAGCCCGCUCUAUAAAGUCCGGGACUACAACGUAUCAUAUCCAUAUCGAAAAAUGACUAUGAUGCCCUGUCGUGCUUGCUCUCUUUCAAACUUUAUUCGAAACAAAAAGAAAUUACUUUAAAUAAUAGGAUGAUGUUCGUGAAGAUGAAGACUAUGUUGAUACACUAUAUUAACUUUUUUUCCAUCGCUCAAAAUCGAUUCUCGUACCUACAGGUUUGGCUCUAUUCCCAGCGUGGCGUUUCGGUUUCUUGGAACGCGGACGGUAAGCAGGAAACCUUUGAGGUGUUCCCGUCGCAGAGCUCCCUCAACCUGAUGCGAUCCCUGAGCCUAUUCCGACAGAAAACCUUCGAGCUGUCGGCGUUUGUGACCGAGAACCCCGCGGUCAAGCUCGGAACUUACAAAAUCGAGGUGGAUAACCCGGACCGGGCGAAGAUCCAGGUCAAGGCAAAACUCGACGCCCACGGAAUCUUCAGCAUAGAUUCAGCGACACUCGUGCCCAGGUACUUCUUACCCUUGGGUAUGUGGUAACUCUAUCUCAACCACAGUGCGACCAUGAUGCUUCGCGUGAGAUGAAAGUUUAAGUUUUACUAGAAGAUGUAGAUUGAUUCACUGUAGACGAAAAACGAGUCGCAGCACGGUCCUCGUCUUGCUCCCUGGUGCAGAUCCUGCUCGCGUUACAUACUGCUCCGCCGAUCUACAUUGUUUAUGUUUUAUAGUGAAUCACAAUCAGAAUCAUGCAGCUAGAGAAGACAGCCACGACGUAAGUAUCCGCUUCAUUUUCUUUUUCCAAUUUUUGGGUUCGCACCAAAAACACGCAGCGACCCAGCGGUUGCGGUCCAACCUCUUUCGAUCAGCUGUUCCGACCUGCCGGGCGCGUGUUCUCCGGAGGUUUUUGCGAAGCUGAAGAACACCGAGCUCGAAUUUCAGGCGCAGGCCAUCAAAGUGCAGAAAUUGGAGGACCUACGCAACGAUGUUGAGGCCGAGGUCUAUCGGCAGCGUAGCCUUCUCCAGGGGCAAGCACUCAAGGAAAAAACGGAGGAGUCGGAGCGGACCGAGCACCUGAAGCUGCUCCAGGACAUCGAAGAGUGGAUUUACGACCACGAAGACGAGCUGACAGAGGAGGCCUUGACCGCUAAGGUGGACUCGCUGCGCCCAAAGUUUGCGCGGCUAGAGGAGCGACUGGGCAAGGGCGCGACGCUCUGA